UCCAUCCAUCCAUCCAUCCAUCCAUCCAUCCAUCCAUCCAUCCAUCCAUCCAUCCAUCUCCCCCGCAACUGCUUUUCUUGCCACCCUCUGGCCAGGCAGUAAAACUGCCCGCUGCGAAUGGCAGGCAGCUGCCCUGACUUAUCGCAGAGAUGUUUUCCGGCAGCGGCAUCUCCCCAUUUACGUUCCCAGCUGCUCAUGCUCCUUGGCACUGCCGAUGGUCAGUCGAAGCUGACCUCUGAGCAGAAUGCCAUCAGCCUCUCCCCUGGCAAGUACCAUCACCUCGACCGUGCCACCAACGAAGAGCUGACCUGUGACAAAUGUCCUGCAGGAACCUACGUGUCUAAGCACUGUACAAAGAGUACCUUAAGAGAGUGCAGCCCUUGUCCAGACGGGACUUUUACCAAGCAUGAGAACGGCAUAGAGCGGUGCCACUCUUGUAGGAAACCCUGUGAACUGCCAAUGAUUGAGAAAACUCAUUGUACUGCCUUGACUGACCGCGAGUGCACUUGCCUGUCUGGUACGUUUCAGACGAACGAUACCUGCGUCCCUUACACGGUGUGCCCGGUCGGCUGGGGCGUCCGCAAGAAAGGAACCGAGACCGAAGACGUCAGGUGCAAGCCGUGCCCUCGUGGUACCUUUUCUGAUGUGCCUUCUAGUGUGAUGAAGUGCAAACCCUACACUGACUGCUUUGGGAAAAACAUGGUGGUCAUCAAGCCGGGGACGAAGGAGAGUGACAACGUCUGUGGUUCUCCGGCGUCCCUCCCGAACACGGCUUUGGCUUCAUCAAGCACCGAAGCGGGUGAGCAGCCCUAUGAAGUUCCACCAACCGCUGAUCUUCCCAAAGGCCUGAACUCUUCAGUUCCCGAUUUCGUCCCCUCUCCAGCGCCGCGCGCCUCCAGCAGCAUGGUGGAGCGGGCGCGCUUCUACAACGAAACCUCGGCCAACGAGACGGACGGCGCCGGCGGGGCGCUGCUGGGCUCGGGCAGCAGCAGCCAGGCCCAGAGCUACCGGCACAAGCAGAGCAGCCAGGAGAAGCAGCCAUCCCUGGAGAUGAUGGGGGGCGAGAAGCCCAGCGGCCCCUACAGGCCCCCCCGGCGAGGCUCGCAGAGCGUCCACCAGCACUUCGACAUCAACGAGCACUUGCCGUGGAUGAUCGUCCUGUUCCUGCUGCUGGUCCUGGUGGUGAUCGUGGUGUGCAGCGUCAGAAAGAGCUCACGGACUCUGAAGAAGGGACCCCGGCAAGAUCCCAGUGCCAUCGUGGAAAAAGCUAUUAUGAAAAAGUCCACCACGCCCACACAGAACAGGGAGAAGUGGAUCUAUUACUGCAAUGGGCACGGCAUCGACAUCCUCAAGCUGGUGGCGGCGCAGGUGGGCAGCCAGUGGAAGGACAUCUACCAGUUCCUGUGCAACGCCAGCGAGCGGGAGGUGGCGGCCUUCUCCAACGGCUACGCGGCCGACCACGAGCGCGCCUACGCCGCGCUGCAGCACUGGACCAUCCGCGGCCCCGAGGCCAGCCUGGCCCAGCUCAUCAGCGCGCUGCGCCAGCACCGCCGCAACGACGUGGUGGAGAAGAUCCGCGGCCUCAUGGAGGACACGGCGCCGGUGCAGAUGCAGCCCCAGUGGCAAGCGCAGGAGCCCAGCAACGAGGACGCAAAGCUGGAAGGUGAGAAGCUGGCGCUGCCGGUGAGCCCCGGCCCGGUGAGCGGGGGGGGGGGGGGGGCGCUGCCGGUGAGCCCCGGCCCGGUGAGCCCCGCGCCCACGCCCAGCCCCAAGCCCCCCGAGGCGGCCGUGCUCACCGUGGAGCCCUCUCCCUCCGAGAAGAAAUGCUUCUUUGUCGACGAAGCCGAGCCCCUCCUGCGCUGCGACUCCACCUCCAGCGGCUCCUCCGCGCUCAGCCGCACCGGCUCUUUUAUUACCAAAGAAAAGAAGGACACCGUCCUGCGCCAGGUGCGCUUGGACCCGUGCGACCUGCAGCCCAUCUUUGACGACAUGCUGCACAUCCUCAACCCCGAGGAGCUCCACGUGAUCGAGGAGAUCCCGCAGGCCGAAGACAAGCUGGACAGGCUAUUUGAGAUCGCUGGAGUCAAGAGCCAGGAAGCCAGCCAGACCCUCCUGGACUCUGUCUAUAGCCACCUUCCCGAUUUACUGUAGGCACCGGGUCACCGCACGCUCUCCGAAUAUCUGCUAGAGCUAGCUUGGCACUUGUUAAGAUGGCCAACAAUACGCAGGCGGGAUUUGUUGUAGAAUAUACGGCCAGUAUUUUCGUUGAGGUGUCCUUGGUUUUUGGAGGGGGUGCAGUUUGCCAGCCUUGCACCCCUCCACCGUAACUCUAUCGCUCAGUCCAAGUCUUUGCACCCUCUGCCCCCUCCCCGAGCCUCUCUUUUCUCUGUUCUCAUUCCAGUCAGAUCAGCCGAUGCACUUUAAAAAAAAGAAAACAAACAAAAAAAUCCAAACCCGCAGUUAA